AUGAGUUUAGCUCUCAAUCAAACCAUCAGCGAAGUAGCUGAAACAUAUCCGAAAUCCUUACGUGUUCCAAGUAGAUGGACACCGCCUACUGGGAGAAAUUCUGACUUAGAUCACUUCGCUAACACUCUAAAACGGGAAAUCCAGAAAACGACAUCAAAGAAACGUACAUUUUCCAAUCUCAAAAAAGACGAAGUCGAGGCCUUGAGGGAACUAGAACAAAGAGCAGCAAGGGAUAUCAUCACAGUACCUGCGGAUAAAGGCGGGGGAACUUGCAUACUCUCCCGAACUGACUACAUCACAGAAGGUAUGCGGCAUCUAUCGGAUAACUUGGUAUACAAGUGCAUUCCAAAAGACAUAUCUAUACAAAUUGGCAACAAAGUAACCAAAUUAUGUCAUAAUAUGAGGGAAGCCGGCAUUAUUGAUGACAUACUACUCAAAGGGAUAACUCCAAAAAGACCUAAACCAGGUCGUUUACGUUUACAACCAAAAGUGCAUAAGAAAAAUCACCCCAGUCGGCCAAUCAUAUCAACAAACGGAACUGCAACGGAAAAAUUAUCAGCUUUCAUAGAUUACAAAUUAACUAACCUCAUGUGCAAAGAGGUUAUACCAUCAUAUGUCAGAGACAGUAUGGAUUUCUGA